AGUGGGACCAGGCUAUCGUCUCCUCCUAAUGGUGUCAGACGCACGGGGUCCGGCCCUCUGCACGUGCUCAGAAGCCCUAUCGCAUGUGCUCCCGGAUCCACGUUCCCGGGCUGCCUCCUGCUACUUUCCAAGAAACAGCCCUCUCCCCUCCCUCUCCUUUUCCUCCUCUCCCGCUUCUCCAGUUACCCCUGGCGGGCUCCGUGCUGCCUGCCGCCCCCUCCCGCUUCUGCUGCCAACUCCCCUCUCUUCAGAGAGUAGCGGCAGCAUCUGCUGGGUUCCCGCCUCUGUCCCCGCCCGGCACCGAGCAGCAGCAGCAGGAGGCGGAGGAAGAAAAGAGACGGGAAGCUGCAGUGUGUGGGCAGCAGCAGCAAGCAGCAGCAGCGAAGGAAGGAAGGAGGCGAGUUUUGUCCUUUCCGCUGCUAGUCCUGCGAAGGAACUGGCCGGCAGCAACCAUGGCCUCGGGUCCUCGCAGGCCAGAGUCGGGCUGCCAAGCGCGAAGGGCAGGAGCAGCGGCGGCGGCGGGCCGACAAUGAGCGACCAGCAGCAGCUGCCCCUUCCAGCCUCUGCCGUCCAGGCCGCGCGCGGGCGCGGGUCUCCGUGCGGACCCCCGGAGCUUCUCCUCCUCGACGGCCCUCUCUCCGCCCGCGGAGGCCCCGCCAUGUGGGGGAGGCUCCUCUCCGAGUUGGGCCAAAACGGCGACUACAGAGCAGGCACAGAAUAUUCUUCGUCGCGAUGGUUACCUGGUACUGAUCCACUGUGGCAAGCCACAACUGGUGGUUCAAGUGGUCGGAGUACCCACCUGAGAAGACACAGCAUAGCUUCUGACAGUGGGGACACUGGUAUCGGAACCUCCUGUUCUGAUAGUGUGGAAGAUCAUUCCACCUCAAGUGGUACUUCGUCAUUUAAGCCCAGCCGUUCACUGGUCUCGAUUCCCACUGCCCAUGUGAUGCCGUCUAAUACCAGCUCUUCACUAUCCCAGCAUAGGGAACCUCUGAAGUCUGACUGUUCAAAAUGGAGUACAAGCUUUUUGAGGUCCGCCGCAAGCAGGCAUCAGGGCAUCCUGGACAGUUCUCUUGACAUGAAGGACUUGAGGCCUGUAAGGAAAUGGUCAUCUUUGUCUAAACUCAGCGCACCCAUUACCUGUAGCCAGGAUGGGAAUGUUUAUUCAGCAGAGUGCAGAACAAGCAUGGAUAAAUUGGGAAGAGACAGCACUGUGUCACCACAAUUGAGAAUAAAUGGGACAAGCUGUUUGCACAACAGCAUGGAAUUACUCAAGAUGGAGGACAGAGAAACUGGGAAAAAAAGAAAUUCUACCUUGGACUGCAAAUACAAAUUUGAAAGUUGCAGCAAGGAAGACUUGGGUGUUCUUGAUCCCUCAAACAGGAGACAUGCCUUAGAUAUGACCUAUAGUGCCUUACCUGAAAGCAAGCCUGUCACAUCCAAUUGCGAAGUGUUUCAUCAAGGAUAUAUAACUUUGGGACCGCAGGCUGUGAGCGGGGUUCCCAUUCAACCCUCAGAGAGGACUCAGAGAUGGCUUACAGAACAAUUUCAUACAAACCCUCCAGAGUCCAGGCCUUCUGAAGAGCCAUACAGUUUAUCUCCUUGGCAGUUACAGCAGCUUGAAGAACUUAGAACAGGAAGUGAACAUCCUGUGCAGGUUCUGAGUGGAUCAUCUCAUCAGAGUUACCCAGCUGCAAGCUUUCAGGAUUUCAACAAUUGGGAAUCCCUGAUGAAAAUCAAAGAAGGAUUGCUAAGGCAAAAAGAGAUUGUGAUUGAUCGGCAGAACCAGCAAAUUAACCUUUUAUAUCAGAAAAUAAGGGAGAAUGAACUCCGAGCUCAGCAAGCUCAGCAAGCAAGGCUCGGGCAUAUUGUGAAUUGUGAAGACCCUUACAUGAGUAGUUUCCAGCAGCCUCAGUAUGAGAGCACAGCGAUGCAGGCUCAAUUUGCAGAGAGAUCUGUGGCCCACUGUGAAAGGGACGAGCUGGAACGAAAGCUUGCAGCAAUGCAGAGUAAGGAGCUACAACUCAGUGAGUUUCUCAAACAAAUGGCAAACAAAGCCAAUGAAGAUAAAAAGAAGAUGGAAGAAAAGCUCAAAACUAGAGACAGGUACAUAAGCAGCCUGAAAAAGAAAUGCCAAAAAGAAUCGGAGCAAAACAAAGAGAAACAGAGAAGAAUUGAAACUCUUGAAAAGUACCUGGCUGACCUGCCAACACUGGAUGAUGUUGAAAGUCAAAGUAAACAGCUUCAAGUUCUUGAAGAAAAGAACAAGCAGCUGAAAGCUACUUUGGCUGAGCUCGAAAAGGCUCUAGAAGAGUCCAAAACACAGUGUAAAGAACAAGAAUUGCAGCUAGUUUGUCAAAAGAAGAAAGAGAAAGAAUUGGUAACAGCAGUGCAGAGCCUGCAACAGAAGGUAGAAAAAUGCCUGGAAGAUGGUGUCCGCCUUCCUAUGUUGGACACAAAACAGCUUCAGAGUGAAAACGAAAGCCUCAAAGAGAAAAAUGAAAAAGCUAGCAAGGUCAUAGACAAUCAACAGAAUCAGAUUGCCGAGAUGACUUUAGAGAUUCAGUCUAUGCAAGAUAAGCUUUUGCAAGGAAAAGUGACAAUUCAAAAACAGAAAAGUGAACUUGAAGAAAAGGAUAAGAGUGUACAGCAGUUACAAAAGACGCUACUUGAAAACCAAAGAUUUAUGGAAGAAAAUGCAUCUUUGAGGGAACAGAUUCAUCAGAUGGAGCUGUCCAGACAGCCGGCGGCUGAAAAACUACCUGUGGCUGAUCAGUUAUUCAAGGAAAUGUCUCACUGUUUAUUUGACUUGAAAGCACUUUGCAGUAUUCUUACCCACAGAGCUCAGGGCAAGGAGCCUAACCUGUCCUUACUGCUGGGAAUCAGAUCAAUGAGCUGCUCAUCUGAAGAUGAGAAUUACCACAGCACAGAAACUCUCUCAAAGAAACUCUUAGAGGUGUGUCAGUUACGAAAAGAUAUUGAUGAAUUGAGAACUAUAAUAUCAGACUGCUAUGCUCAAGACAUGGGAGAAAAUUGCAUUACACAGUGAUAAAAGGUUUGGCUCACAGCAACAGUGACUUAAGUUAUUAAAUGCUGCUCUGGUUUUAGUUCCUUGUGUUUAUGUUAAGGAGCCAUACUGGAAGACAUGCUCCGUGUGCCAGAUCAAAGGGUUUCAAGCGUUUGCAUGUAAGUUCAUGCCGGUGAAGCAGUCGUCACUUGAAGAGAACGGGACGUGCUGCACGAGAGAUCUGAUUUCUUCAAAACUACUGAAUGUAGGUCAAAGCUGUGAAGAAUGUGUUUCUGUUGGAAAUGUUGGAUUUUGUUUCCUCUGACAUGGUCUGUAAAAGCAUCCAUAUUGUCUUCUGGAGUCAAAAAACUUAAGUGUCAGAAGAAGGCACUACAGUUACUGCUGUAUCAUCCCCCCCCCUUCAGCAAAGCUUUAGGGUACAAGAUCAGGAUUGAGAAUUUUACUAGGGGGGGGGGAGAGUUUUAAGUGCCCUGCCGUGUGUAGGUAUUAAAACUGGAUGAUGACAUGGAGGCUCCUUAGAAGGACUGUUUGAGGGCAGGCACACACAAAGGUAGCCUGCCUACCUUGCAAUGUUUGCCAUCUCAGCUUGGUAAAGGUCAUUUUACUUAGCAAUUGAUGUCCAUUGAUCAUCAGUGUUCCUCUUAGACAAAGCAGCACAUAAGCUCCUAUAUUUUCAAUAAAGCAUAAGAAGUUCAGGCCUGAGAGUUUAACUGUCAUCCUGUGAGCCUCUUCUGCACUAUAUUAGUGUGGAAACUUUGCUGUCAAUUAAGUUCAUUUGUGACCUGGGUGCAUUAUACAUGGAUGGCUAACCUUCCACUGCCCCAUUCUUGGGACCUGACCUGGACAUACACACCACAAGCAUUUUUCCUGACCCCUCAGGACCCCAUUGAUUUUGGCAGCAUGUGGAAAAAGCCAAAAUUAAAAUAGUCACCUUGCUGGAGUGGGCUCCAACCAGUACCUUGAUGGGGAUGCAAAUUAGCCUCUCCUUGAUACCAAAUAGUUCAUCUUCGUGGAUCAUGUGAGGCGGGGAGGCUGCAUGUGUGCCUGUACAUCUGGGCUUCAUGUGUAUGCCCAAGAGUGUGAUAUGGUCACCCCCAGAGGGUUGGCCAAGGGUUAACACAGUCAUUCAACCCAAAAGGUUAGCCACCCCGGCAUAAAGGCUAGAAAGGGUUUUUUUAACACACACAGAAAGAGCAGGAGAAUAUUGCAUCCUUAUAAUCAAUACCUAAUUACUUUAAAUUUCUCCAGGAGCUCACUCCAGCACCCAGGAAGUUUAAAAGCUAAAAGAAACAUGUUUAAUUCAUGUGUUCUGAAAGUCAUUGUUCCUGGUGGAUAGUUACAAUAGGAGUGCUCUAGAAUUAGGAAGCUAUGUACCCAAAAUCACUUGGUAAUCCAGACUGCUCUAUUUUGCUGUGUUAAAGUAUACAUAUCCUUUCUGCCAAGUCAAGCCUGCUGUCACUUUAUUCUGACAAUCAAUUAUAUAAAGCAACGAAGUGCUUCCUUUUGAAAGAGAAAGGAAAAAAGAGAAUAAGGUACGUUUUGCUUAUUUAUGACAAUUGGCCCUGAUGUGCAGAAAGCUAUAGACUGGUCUUGCCAACUGUCAUAGCUAAAAGUGAGCAAGAGCUUCUUUUGAAAAGGUUGCCAUUUUCAGUUUUAUAUGUUAUGUCUCCAUUUUACAUUGUUGGUUUAUGUUGAAAUACCAUUUGCAUAUGAUAGUACUUAUUUCAAAAAAAGAAAAACCUAUUCUAGUCAUUUUUUUCCAGAGUUAUAUUUAUUUAAAUUGGUGUUUCUUGAUCAACACUGUCCUGACUUCUGUCUGUGGAAAUUUAUUUUAGUAUUUAUCUUAACUACUGUUCAGUGUUUUCAAAUGGAGAUUUGUAAGUAUUAUCUUGAAACAACUUUGUAAGCAUGAAAGUACUUAGUCCUCCGUCCUUACAACAUAAAACAAAUUGCUUGAAUUUAAAAUACUAACAACUGCAAACCCCACUACAGUUAUUAGAAAGUAGGUCUAAUUAGGUGGUAUUGUACUCAAGUUAAGAAUUGCUUUGUUUGUUUCUAUGCAGAUGAGGGUAUGAAUGGUGAAAAAUAAUUCUAAUCAAUUUACUUUCACGCCAGGAAGCAACUGAAAGUGUGAUAAGACACUGACUCAAUGUGCUAUGCUGUAGAGAUGUCUUAAAGAUGACUUGAUGGUUAAAGUAUUUUUUCACUGUUGCAUCUUCUGUUUUAUAAACAGAACUUUGCCAUAAAUUUGAGACUACAGCAUCACCAUAGACCAAGAAAAAAUAUUUAAGAGACUUAAAAUAGAACUAAUGGGCAGGAAUCAACUAAUCAAGUCUGUCAGCAAAAACCCUGUGCAAGGUCUUCUUCUGCUUGUGCAACAGGACUUCCCCUCAUUCCUCCCCCUGUGUGCCUCCCAAAACGGGCUCUAGGGGUUGGGAGAAACCCAGAGUGUGGUGGUAGGAGAGGCAAAUUGUUCUAUCUAACGGAAAUGCUUGCCCUGACAGAAUGAUCACCUUACCACGACAUUGAAUUCCUCCCAUUGUCCGUAAACAGUAUAGUUUUGGGACAAAGAAACUGAAGAAGUUAUUUAAUUUUUACAUUGGUUGUAAAUUAGGCAAUAUAAACUUCAUAUAAAUUAAGUCCUUACCAUCAUCUACUCAUUACCUUCAUUACUUGUGGAAGAUAACCCAGUUAGAGAGACAGUGAAGCUUUGCAAAGCACUUAGGAACAAGACUCUGCCAAAAGUUUGGCCACAAAAAUUUAGGCAUUGAGGGACAGAAUGCUCACAGCUGUCCUGACUUCAUAUUAUUCUAUCUUUUGCAUACUAUUUACACUUUCUUAUUUCCUUGGACUGCAGCCCUGGUGUCCUUUUAAAAAAAAGACAUGGGGCUCUUUCUGAGAUAAUCACAGUCAGUCAGAGUUCACAUAGGCAGUAUGAUAAUGCCAUCAUGAAGCCAAAUCGGAGUGAAAAGCAUGAUUCCUGCCGUCACUUGAACAGGCAAACAUUUCCGCCUUGUUAUGCAGCACCCAUUGAAAAUCACCAAAAUAGAGGGAGUUUUUCUGUGCAACGUUCUCUCUGACACUCAGUAUUUUUUAGCCUUGCUCUAGGACUUAUUUGACCUCCUUGUUUGUUAUCUAUAAACUUAUUUAUUUCAGUUAAUGUUGUCCCCUCCCAAUUCAUUUAAAUGAAAUGUUGAAAUAGUGUGUUUUUUAAAAGCUUGUUUGCAUAAGCAAGUUUUUAGAGCCCUUGGCUUUUUUAAAAAAAGACUGAUAUUCUUCUUUGGAAAUGGAAAGCUGAACAACAAGAAUAUUCUCUAAAUAUGCUGAAGUGGAGUUACUAUUUUAAAAACCUCAUAAAGGGGAAUAAUUAAGUAAUUGAGUAAUGGAAGAAAUUACUGCAUCUUAAUUUGUACGUAGGUAUACGUGUAACCCUUGAAGAAGCUCAACAUUUGCUCAGCAAUUUUCUAAGAAUAAAGCCCAUGUUCUGCAGCAACUUUGGGCAUUCUUCCAGAGUCCUUUUGAGACUUCUCCACAUGUUCAGUGAAAGCAUGAGGGUAGCAGGAUCAUGUCACUGGCCACAACCCCCUCCGCAGCUGCAUGCUUGGGCAGGAGUGUGAAGGGGAGCAGCACAUGUACUUACUGGCCAUGGCUCCUCCUUUCCUGAAGGCCUUCACAGUUUUCAGUUGUAAACAAAUAGGCCCCUUUCAUGCUACUAUCAAAUGCACAGUGCAAGGGAGUGUGACUACUAGCAUUUGCAGUUCAGCUACUCAACCACCCUUUCUGAACAUACCCAGUGCAUAUGAAGAUGAUCUUGUUUUGCUGACAUGAACUCAUCUUUUAAGCACUGGAUGUGGUGAUACCAUAAACAGUAGCCACUGUUACACACAACUGCUAGAAUCUAGAAGGACACCUGCAUUUGGAAGGAAACUUCCACUUACUGAUGACAGGCUUCUCUUGUCUCAGUCAUGGUUAAAGAAUGAAAGGAGGUGGUAGCCAAAGACGGAAAUGCCAUGGGCAAAAUUUAUGUGAGCCAUAAGGACACAGUGUUAUAUUAUUUGAACUAAUGUUAUAAUGCAAGGCCUGCUGUUUAAGUAGCUAAAGAGCCCAUCGGUUUACAAUGCCAUUUUUAAAAAAUAGGUAAGAUAUGCAUGGGUAUUUUCAGCAAAAAAUAGUUGGUCCCGUUCAACGUAUUUUAUGUGAAGCUAACUAAUACUAGCUUUUAAGAGAAGUGGUUAAAAAUGGCAUUACUGAGUAGGCUGAUUUAGUCAUGACAACCUUUUGCCACAGAUAUGAGAGACAAUCCCAAGGGCUGAACAAUAUAUUAUGAAUGAAUGAAAGCUGCAGUUUUAUCUAUUAGAAAACAUGAAAAGAAAUGUACAAGCAAUUUUCAUAUUUCAGGUUGUAUUUCUAUAAUUGUGUAGAUGGCAUUUUGUAGUAACUACUGUAAUUCAAGAAUGUAUUUCAAAAAGGAACUUGGAAAAUUGUUUUUGGAUAUAACUAAUGCUAUUAUUUAUAUGCCAUAUAAAAUUUGUAGCGUCAUAUUUAGGUCAGUUCAAAAUGGUUAUGUAAACUUGACUUUAAUGUCCAGUUAGGCCGCUUGUAUAUGAUCCUAUGCACACUUGGAAGUAAGUCGUAACAGUAAGCCCCAAAUCACCAAGAUUACCUAAUUAAAUGUGUUUAGGAUUAGGUAUUAAACCUUCAGCUUUAGGUGUGUAGAUUUAGAAGCACAGCAGAUCUGAAUUUCAGUUAAUUAGGUUGCCACAGACACCAACUCUGGAUAGAGAUUUCUUUUAAAAACAUAACAAAAUUAGCUAUAUGAACCAAAGUUAUUUCUCUCUCUCAUUAUUUUUGGUUUUCACUUUUGUGGGGAAAAUGGAGAGGAAUUAUUUAUCGCCAGAUUCUGGAAUGAGAGAGAAGAAAUGCAAGGCAAAGUAUCCAUUUUCAUUUGCCUGAAACCUAAGCUGGGGCUAAAUUCACUCAAUUACAGAAAACCAAAUUUGUCAUUCAAUAAUGCCUCUGUAAAUCCGCUUGUAUAUUUGGUAUAUCUCUCUGCAUGAAAGAGAUUUUACACAAUAUUCUGGAUGUGGAUGCCAUUUCAUCCAAAGUGGAAGGUAAGGUUACUACUUUAGAAAAAGCCAGUGGAUAUUUAAAAAAAGGGGAGUUAACAAAUCAAACACACCAAUAGCUUAUUCAAUAGUUCUAUUAAUUCCACUUCUGUGUACCUUUGUGCCUUUUAUUUUAGCUGAUGGCUUAAUAAUAAUCUAAUUUUUUGAAGUUAUGAGAGUAUCAAGUUGUUGCACUUUGUUUCCUCUGCUUAUUAGUAUUAUUUUUUAGCUUGUAGGCUUGUGAAAAAUAACUUUCAUAAAUAGAAAUAUUUUCUAAAAGCUGUGGGUCAAUAUUUGAGAAGGCAGUCUGAUCUUUAUUUUCCAGCUUUUCUGUAUAUGAAGAACAUUAAACAGAAUGUAUUAAUUUUGUAUAUAUUAGGUAUAGUACAUCAUUGAUAAUCAGUGGAGAAGGCAAGGGAAAAGGGGCUAUCUUUAAAAGCACAGCAGAUAUGUACUGGAUCAGUCUCCCAAGACUGGUAGUUUUUCAAAAUUGGGUUCAGUUUUUGAACCACUCAGAAUACCUCGUGUAAAUAGAGUUGUCAUGACUUAAAUCGAAAUGCAUCCAGUGUUGUUGUUUUUAUUUUAUUUUUAAAGAGCCACUGGUUGGCUCAUGUCUUCAGGCCUGUCAUUCUUGCCUCUUUUUGUAACUUUUUUUUUAGUAGAGUUUACAGCUAGAAUUUUGAAUGCCAAAGUUCUAUUUAUUAAAUAAUAAAAGUUUUCAUUGUUAAUUACUAGUAUUUUUCCACUCAAUUUGUUUGAUGUUUGGAUUUGUAUCUACAGAGCAAAAAUAAAUUUUGUUACAAAAUCUA